AUGGCGCUGCUGAUAAUAGCGCUGUCGUCGGUCUCGGCAGAAGGCACCGAUGUUGAGGUGCCAACGGAAGUCUCGUCACAAGCGAGUAAUCAUCUGCUGAAGCUUGCUAAACGUAUAGAAGAGAGCCUCGCUCGUUGUUUCGAAGUUGGCGACGCUCUUUGUCUCGGUGACCAGGUUAUCAUGUCCGGAGCCAAACAACGAGGACUUGUCGCACAUUGGACAUUUGACGAGCUAUAUGCUAUCGACGAGAGUGGCAACGAUAACCACAUCGUAGACACCGUGACGGCAGGGCCGCCAUCCACAGACACCAGCUACCGUGUUGUUGACAGUCCGACACUAGCCGUCGGGGAGUUCACACUCGAUCUCAGGAUAUACCCAUUGGACGUACAAGCUUCAGGAUUCCGGAGUAUCAUAUCACGACGCAGCUACUCUGCACAGUCGCCUACAUUGAUGCUUUACCCGGGGAACAACAAGCUCUCUGUCAGGGUAUCGACUACCAAUUCCGCAAACGAAGGACUAACCUCGAACGCCGCAAUACCACCUAGGAGGUGGACGCAAUUGACAGUAGUGGCACGUGAGAAGACACUCAAAUUGUUCGUAAACGGGAGCCUCGACUCGUCUAUCGGUCUAAGGGGCGAACUAGUACCAGGAUCAGGAGAUCUGUUCCUUGGACGCAAACUGGACAUACAAGGGUUCAAUGGUUAUCUCGACGAUGUCAAGCUAUACAACUACGCCCUAGGAGGGGGGCUAGUAGCCUCAUUCACAAGUCCGAGAUUAACCGGUAUAGGAGCACCGUUCAGGGUACAGCUGGCAGCAACUCAUUGCUCGAUGCAGGAAGCUUCAGCUCGAGGACUAUGCGCCACUGGCUGUCGGCUUUGUACGCUGGACCAGCUUUACAGAGGGGCAGCACACGUUGCUCGUGUAAACGGCUGGCUUCACGACAGCAACCGGAUUUGGCAUAGUGGUAUCCCACACGCACCGCCAAAUGAGACAAGAGCAGCACUGUGUUGCUGCUAA